CGGUAAAUAAAAUUUUCUGAGGUUAUCUCGAGUUGAGUAAUAGACAGCACAUUAGCAGGUCAACAUAAUUUUUACUUAAAAAAUAAUAACAUAAGGAAUAAAUAAUAAGUCAUGUCUCCAUCCAGAAGUGAUAAACUGGCCAAUGGUACAAAAUCAGAGCUGAGUAUAUGGACUCGAGCAAUAACUGCCAAUUCAGAAUGGCCUGACAAGGAGGAAUUUCUCGACGUCAUCUACUGGAGUCGACAGGUCAUAGGACUGAUCAUUGGAAUUGCCUGGGGGAUUAUUCCCCUCAAAGGAUUUGUCGCAUUGUUGCUAUUUGUUGUUGUCAAUGCUGGAAUCACGUAUUUGUACAUUAGUAAUUUCCAACAAAUUGAUGAGGAGGAGUUCGGAGGGAUCUGGGAGUUGACGAAAGAGGGAUUUAUGACGUCUUUCGCUGGAUUUCUGGUAACUUGGAUAAUAAUAUACUCUGGAUUACACUUCGAAUGACACAGAGUGACAGGAAUAAAUUUCCUACUCAUGAAUUCCUCGUAAUAUGGCGACACUCGAGCCCGUGGAUUCAUUUUCAUUCCCAAUAAUGUAAAUAUGUAUUUCGAAUCCUCGCUCACGGUCUCCAUGUUGUUAUCCAAUAAUUCCCAUUAUCCCCGAUAAUUGAGAAUUAAACGCGUUUCGAACAAAAUAA